CUCGAAGCAAUUAGCUGCACACACUCGGAAAGGGCAUGGCGAGCGUCCUCGCGUCGACAUGCGCCCAGCGGACGGCGCUCUUCGCCAAGUCGCUUGACGCGCUCCCUUCGUACAGCGUCUGCUCGAUCGUCAAGAAGCUUGGUGACAACAAGUUUGACUCGAAAGCGCUCCAGAGCAACGACUGCAAGAAGCCGGCGUGCGUGAACGUGCUCGAGUCGUUCAAGACGACGUUUGUCGGCUGCAUGCUCACCGACAUUGCCGACGUGGCGUCCGUCGACAUGGCGCGCCUGGCGAGCUACUGCGCCAGUAUUGACGCAUCCUAUGCGCCAGGCGCGGCGUCGCCCCAGCCGCUUCCAGCCGCGCCGCCGCAGGACGCGGCCGUCGACAGUCCCGUGCGCGGCGGCCUCAGUACACCGAUCAUCAUUGCCAUCACGUGCGUCGUCAUUGCUGCGAUCGUCGUCGCCGGCUACGUCUAUUUACGCCUGAAGCGCGGCGCGGCCUCGGCGACCUUGUACACGUCGCCACCGCCGAUGCAGACGAGCAACGAUCCGUAUGCGUCCGUCAUGAAGCAUGGAAACGCCGGGUCCCAGUCCAACACGCGCACGAGCGAGAGCAGUGCGUCGAAUCUUGGCGCCGAUGCCUCCACGUUAGACUUGUGCGACCUCGAUUUGUAUCGCAUCUCGCCGCGGGACGUGACGUUGGACAAGUCGCUCGCGCAAGGAGCGUACGGUGAAGUGUGGCUCGGCACGCUCGAUGGACACACGGUGGCGGUCAAGAAGCUUUUGAACCACCGGCGAACCCGGGACGAGCUGCAAAAGUUCAUAUACGAGAUCGCGCUCGUUGCCAAGAUGGAGUCGCGCUACGUCGUCCAGUUUAUCGGCGUCGCGUGGACGCGCCCGAGCGAUAUGAUGCUCGUGACCGAAUACAUGGACGCUGGGGACCUCCGCAACCUCCUCCAAGUGACGGCGUCGACCAAGUCGUUUACAUGGACCAAGAAGGUCCACGUCGCCCACCAGAUCGCGGAAGGGCUUGUGUAUUUGCACAUGCUCGAGCCAAAAGUCAUCCACCGCGAUCUGAAAUCGCGCAACGUCCUCCUCAACGCCAAGAUGGAUGCGAAGCUGACCGACUUUGGCGUCUCGCGCGAGACGGACGACGCGACCAUGACUGCUGGCAUUGGCACGUACCGCUGGAUGGCGCCCGAGGUGCUCCAAGACGGCCACUACACCGAGUCGGCGGACGUGUUUUCGUUUGGAGUGAUCCUCGCCGAGCUCAGCAACGAGAUCGUGCCGUACUCGGACUUGCGAAAUGCGAACGGCAACCCGUACACGGACACGGCGAUCAUGGCCAAGGUCAUGGUGGGCGAGCUCCAACCCACGUUUGCCCCCGACUGCCCUCCUUGGUUUCGCGACUUGGGACUGCAGUGCAUGAGCCGCCACCACGCUGAUCGGCCGACCGCCAUGGAAGCCUCGUUCAAAAUACAGACCGAACUCCGGCUACUCAAGGCGUCCUCAUAGUGUUGAUGCGUAAUACAAUGGCGUUUGGUGUUUA